AUGUUGCAAAUGAACGACAACGACGAUGAUACUUAUGCGGAUGACGAGUUCUUCGACGCCCAGCCACAUCUGUUCAACGAUACCGACCUGCAAGCUAGGCCUAUUUUGAACAUGUUCACCGACAUAGCGACUCUGCUAUACAGUUCUCAAGGCCGAAUCUGGCUUAGUGAAUACUCGGUCGGGGAGCGCCUGUGCUCGACUUGCUUGUUAUGCAAGGAGAAGUACAUUGGUGAAGAUGGUCUAUCUGCCGACUUUCCACCAAUGCCGAAGAGCGUCGAAGGUCUACGUGUGAAGUGGUAA